CUUUUGGAUGACCUGACAAAGGUGCGCCAACGGCUUUACGGCUUUCUUCGAGUCCGCAUGCACGUCCUGAAAUAUCCUUUUCUGUACUUACAAACUAGGAAAGGGGAGGAAGAGGAGGAGGAGAGAGAAAGGGGGGGGGGGGGGCCUCUACGGCACUAUACCUACCUCCUCCCUCCUCUGUACCGACCACAUCUACCUACCUACCUACCUAGUCCCCUACAUCUUCCUAAUUUUCUCCAGUCUAUACCCAGAACUCCAGCUGGUGGCUGAAGAUUUCUUUCGUUCUGUUAUUAUUUAAUCCUUCCUUCCCCUCUUACAUAUAUCCAUAUCUCGUUGAGGAACCGCUGCGUGUCUAGGUGGCACUGAAACUUUCACUUCUCACCUUGUUUUGUUAUUUACCGUUGAACACUUUCGAUCGAUUUUUCGAUUGUCGUCUUCGUUAAAUCGUCACAUUUGUGAUUCACUGACACAAAACUAUCUUCACAUUCUCUCAUACGAGAGCUUUAAUACUGCAUAACAAGCUCAUUGGAAACGAGACAUAAUAUAGCGGGAUCCACGAUGGCGGAUCCAAGCAGUGAUGUCCAAGUUGCCCCGGAUGAGGAAGUGAAGGCUUAUAAGAUUCAUAUCCCGACCAAGCAUCUUGACCUCACCAGACAGAAGCUCGAGCUUACUCGUCUUCCCCACGAAGGCUCCAGCUCAGGUAACAGGUCUAAAGAUUGGUGGGAGCCGAAGCCGAUCGUGGAACCGCUCAUUGAUUUUUGGCUCGAGAGAUACUCCUGGCGCGAAGCGGAAAGCACGCUCAACAGCACCCUCCCCCAGUUCCGCACCACCAUCACCCUUCCGAAUCUCGGCAACGCCGCCCUCCGAGUCCAUUUCAUCCACGCCCGCUCUCCACACCCCGAGGCCGUGCCUCUCCUCCUGGUCCCUCCGUUCCCCUUCACCAACCUGUCCCUGGGGCACCUCAUCAAGCCUCUCACAGAUCCUGAUGCGGCAUCAGAAGAUGGCACUUCUCCGAGACAGCAAGCCUUCCAUCUCGUCAUCCCCUCCCUCCCCGGUCUCGGUCUAAGCGACGCCCUCCCAGCCAACGUCCCCCCCAUCCCCGCCUCCGCCACGAUCCUCGACACUCUGAUGCGCCGCCUUGGCUACGCCCAGUACCUCGUCACUGGUUCCGGACCGGGCCACCUCUCGCCGGCUGCCAUCGACUUCCGGGUAGUCAACAGGCUGGCCACGCACCACACCAAGUCGUGCGUGGGCGCGCACCUGAUUGCUCCCCCCCUCAAAGCGCCAACGAGAAACGAGCAAGGUACCGGGGCGUGGGUUAAGUGGAAGGUGGCCAAGAUGUUGAAGAAGGAGAAGUGGGGAUAUAAAGGGGAGGAUUGGGGGGCUUGGGCGGCGGGGAACAAUGGCAACGGGGGGAAGACGACCAAUAAGGAAAAGAGGAAGUUGGGCCUGAACGCUCUCGGUGGUGGCGACGGUGGUCUCGCAGAGGACCCCAACACGCUGGCUUACGCGCUGUGCGACUCCCCUACCGGCAUGCUCGUCUUCGUGCUGAGGGGGUUGCGUGCCUUGGGGUUGGAUGAAAAAGCCUUGUCCUCGCCAUUUUUCACGCAUGAGAAGAUCAUUACGCUGACAAACAUGUUGUGGUUACCCGGUCCGGAGACGGCCAUGAGGUACUGGGCGCAUUGCGCGGCCUAUCCUGAGGAUGACGGUGAAAAAAGUAGCGCGAGCAAAUUGAGCGGGAAGAAGCCCAAGGUCGCGAUAACAGUCUUCACGGGCACGGGGAGCAACGGCGGUAGAUCUCCAGCAGCAGGACAGGAUUCCACCGAAACGACAACAGCCACAGCUGCUGCAGGAGCAUCAAGCGACGCUCUCCCCACCCUCAACAAGCAAGUCCCUUUGUCCCGCGCCCAAGCCGCUGCCCGCUCAGCCGAACAACACACCUACGUCUGCCCGGCAUGGGGCAAUUCCGUCUAUGACGUCGUCUUCCAAGAGCGCGUCUCAGGACACGCUGAAGGAUUGCUAGCUUUCACGCGGCCCGAGAUCAUUGUCGCUGGCGUGAAGGGGCUGGCGAAGGAAGUGUUGGCGCGGGAUUCGCGACUAAAGACAGCAAAGUCCGAGAGCUCCCAUCAGCAGGAGCCUUCGAAAGAACAGCAACAACUACAGCCACAACAAACCACUGCCGUUGGUGGGUCCUCACUAACAUCCUUCCCUUCGCCUUCGUCAACAGAACAUGGUCCCGCCGGGCCUCUCGCCCCUCUGGACAAAGUCGUUGUCGUCCCCGCUUCUCCCGUCGAUGAGAACGUGAUUAGCAGCAGCGGUAACCCCUCCAGCGGGAAUAAUAACAAUGGACUCAAAAAACCACCCUCUGUGGUAGUAGCCAUCGCCCCAGGAACCUCCACGAUCCUCGAAGAAGCGGAAGAUAGUGACGAGGAGAAGAAUCGUGGUAGAUCGACGAAACCGGAAAAGGGCAAAGCGGUCGCUGCUGCUAGUGUGCCGCCACCACCGUCGAACAACAACCCUAACCUGCUAAACCUGCCGACGAGGAAUCAGUCGGAGGGCGAGAGUCCGGAAACGCUGGUAAAUACGCCGAGCCCAGCGCCGAGUCCUUAGGGUGGACGAGGGGGUGCGUUGGCGGUGAUAAGGGGGUGAAGCACAAGGGGGGCGAGGAAGGAAAGGUGGAAAGGUUCUAAUGAUGUGAUUUGGGUAUUCAUGUAAAACGGGGAUUGGGCUUAGAUGGAUUCUCUUCAACAACCACACUUUUUGAUAAGCGGACAAUUUCAGGAACGCCUUUUUGUUAAUUAUGCUGAUCCAUUUCUGUGUUUGAGUGCUCAAAUGAUACCAUGGGGAAAGUGACAAUGAG